UUUUCUUAAUAUAACAUAUGUGUAAGAGCUUUGUUCAUGUUGAUAUAAAGUACACGUAAUUUGGUUGCUUAAACAGAAAUAUACAAAUGGCUGUUAACAAUGGUUUGGUAAUACAAGUUUAGCAUGUUUUUGCACAAAAAAAAAAAAAAAAACAUUGUUGUUAGUAGAGAAAGAAGGCUAUUUGAAAACAACAAUAAUAUUUCAAUGUGUUGUAGUGUUCAACUUGUCGUUUUUAGAGUGAUUUGAGUUCUCAAUUCAAUCCAACAAAUGACAAAUCAUGUUUUGCAUAUAUACAUAGCUUUGUUUCAACUCCAAGCUUUCUUUUAGCUGUUUAAACCAACCACAUUUAACUUUGCUGUAAAUCCACACAUUUCAACAUCAUUACAUUAAAAAGAAAAAGUACUCUUAGUUUUGUUUUUUUGAAGUUAGAAGAGAAAAGGGGAAGUGUAUAAAUAGAGGAUUAGAAGAAGCUGCUAGACACAUAUCAAAGCGUAAGAAUUUAUAGAAAUGGAGUGGUUGAUGAUGAUGAUGAUGAAGAGAGGUGUGUUUGUUAUGAUGAUUGUGGGUGCAGCUUUAAUGGCGGAAAUGGGUUUGGCAGAUCAAAGACAUAUGGUUGGUGGAAGCCAAGGUUGGCAAGAAUCUGUUGAUUUUGAUUCUUGGGCUUCUUCUCAGACCUUCAAAGUUGGUGAUCAAAUUGUUUUCAAGUAUGAUUCGAGCCUACAUAGUGUGGUAGAGCUUCCGGAUGAAAGUUCGUACAAAAACUGCGACAUUGGAAAUUCAAUUGAAUCGAAGAGUAGCGGAAAUGACGCGAUUAAAUUGACCAAAUCUGGGACUCGAUACUUCGCUUGUGGAACGAUUGGGCAUUGCAGCCAAGGAAUGAAGGUCAAGAUCAAGAUAGCCACUGGCACUGCUUCCUCUACUCCAUCUUCACCUUCUUCUUCUUCCUCUUCUUCUUCUUCUUCACAUUAUUCUCUUAUGGGUUUCUUCCUUAUGCUGCUACCUUUCUAUGCCUUGAGAUUCAUGUGAAAUGUUAAUUAAUUACUAGCUAAUUAAUGCUUUUCAGUUGUAUUCUUUUUGUGUUAAUUUGUUUUAGAUAUGAGUUUUUUUUUUUGGUUUAAUUCAUGUUUUUGUUAUUUGUGUU